CAUGGACGUACGGCAGCUGGCGCGCCGAUGUCGUAAAGCGCAGGCGGGAAACCGAGGGACGGAAGAAGGAAGAAGGUCGCGGCCGGCGCGGGGUCCGCGCAGCUCGUCAGGAUCUGCUGUGAGCUUUGGGGUCCACUGACUGCUCUCCAUGCAGUCGUGUCUGUCUUGAGUAGUGCAGUAGGUUUGCCUCUGGGACCAAAAUUCUCUGGCAGCAGCCCUGGGGCUCUGGAGAGACUUGAAGGGCCCUUGUCAAGAUGUUCCUCCGGCUGUUGUCGGAUGUCCAGUGGCAAAGAGCCAGCCCAGGAUGGAGGAGCCUCUCCGGCGCCCGCCACAGCAGUACCAGCGGAGCAGAGCCUCACCUGACCCCCCUGCCAGCACAAGCCCAGGUGGUCAUCUGCGGGGGUGGAAUAAUGGGCACGUCAGUGGCCUAUCACCUCUCCAAGCUAGGAUGGAAUGACAUCGUCUUACUGGAGCAGGGCAGGCUGGCUGCUGGCUCCACCAGGUUUUGUGCAGGGAUGGUAAGCACGGCGCGGCACCUCUCCAUUGAGCUGAAGAUGGCAGACUACUCAAACAAGCUGUAUCAGCAACUUGAGCAAGAGACGGGGAUCAAAACUGGUUAUGCGAGGACCGGCUCUAUCUCGCUCGCUCAGACGCAAGACCGGCUGAUCUCCCUCAAGCGCAUCGCCUCGCGGCUCAAGGUCAUGGGGAUCCCCUGCGAGCUCAUCCCUCCAAAGAGGGUGGAGCAGCUUCACCCGAUGAUCAACAUUCACGACCUGGUGGGGGCCAUGUACGUGCCGGAAGACGCUGUGGUUUCCUCUGCUGACGUGACCCUCGCUCUGGCCACAGCUGCCUCCCGGAACGGUGUCCAGAUCCACGAGCGAACAAGCGUUAUCCAUGUCGUGGGCCAGAAGGGCUGCGUGGCCGGCGUGGAGACCGACAGAGGACCCAUCGAGUGCCAGUAUUUCGUUAACUGUGCUGGGCAGUGGGCUUACGAGCUGGGCCUUUCCAACGAGGAGCCGGUCAGCAUCCCGCUGCACGCCUGUGAACACUUCUACCUCCUGACACGGCCCUUGAAGACGCCGCUGGACAGCAGCACACCAAUUAUCGUGGACCCUGAUGGACGGAUCUACAUCCGCAGCUGGCAGGGGGGCAUCCUGUCAGGGGGCUUUGAGAAGAACCCCAAGCCUAUCUUCACCGAGGGCCGGAACCAGCUGGAGAUACAGAACCUGCAGGAGGAUUGGGACCACUUUGAGCCGCUUCUGAGUGCCCUGCUGCGGAGGAUGCCGGGAAUGGAGGCCCUGGAGAUCGUGCAGCUGGUGAAUUGCCCAGAAUCCUUCACUCCAGACAUGCGAUGCAUCAUGGGAGAGUCGCCUGCUGUGCAGGGCUACUUCGUCCUGGCUGGAAUGAACUCGGCCGGCACAUCCUUUGGCGGGGGAGCAGGCAAGUACCUGGCUGAGUGGAUGGUGAACGGCUACCCCUCCGACAACGUCUGGCCACUGGACCUGAAGCGCUUUGGCACUUUGCAGAGCAGCCGCACUUUCCUCCGCCAUCGCGUCAUGGAAGUGAUGCCCCUGAUCUAUGACUUGAAAGUCCCCCGCUGGGAUUUCCAGACUGGCCGGCAGCUGCGCACGUCACCUCUCUAUGACCGGCUGGAUGCCCAAGGAGCGCGGUGGAUGGAGAAACACGGCUUUGAGAGGGCAAAGUUCUUUGUGCCGCCUGGGAAAGAUCUGCUGGCCCUAGACCAGAGCAAGACCUUCUACAAACCAGACUGGUUUGACAUCGUGGGGGCAGAGGUCAAGUGCUGCAAGGAGGCGGUGUGUGUCAUCGACAUGUCCUCCUUCACCAAGUUCGAAAUCAGCUCCACGGGGGACCAGGCCCUGCAGGUCCUGCAGUAUCUCUUCUCCAAUGACCUGGAUGUACCAGUUGGACACAUCGUGCACACGGGGAUGCUCAAUCACAGCGGGGGCUACGAGAACGACUGCAGCGUGGUCCGCAUCAACAAACGCAGCUUCUUCAUGAUUUCUCCCACAGACCAGCAGAUCCAUUGCUGGGCCUGGCUGAAGAAGCACAUGCCUGAAGAUAGCAACCUGCUCUUGGAGGACGUCACCUGGAAGUAUACAGCUCUCAAUCUGAUUGGCCCACGUGCCGUGGAUGUCCUCUCAGAGCUGUCCUAUGCACCAAUGACCCCAGAGCAUUUCCCCUCUCUCUUUUGCAAGGAAAUGAGCGUGGGCUAUGCCAACGGCAUCCGUGUCAUGAGCAUGACACACACCGGAGAGCCAGGAUUCAUGCUCUACAUCCCAAUUGAGUACGCCCUGCACGUGUACAACGAGGUGAUGAGCGUGGGGCAGAAGUACGGCAUCCGGAACUCGGGCUACUACGCUCUCCGCAGCCUGCGCAUUGAGAAGUUUUUUGCCUUCUGGGGCCAGGACUUGGAUGCGUUCACCACCCCUCUGGAAUGUGGGCGCGAGUUCCGGGUUAAGCUGGAGAAGGGCACCGACUUCAUUGGGCGGGAGGCCCUGAUGCGCCAGAAGCAGGAGGGGGUGUCCAAGCGCUUCACCAUGUUCAUCCUGGAAGACCACGACACGGACCUGGACCUCUGGCCCUGGUGGGGGGAGCCCAUCUAUCGCAACGGCCACUACGUGGGCAAGACCACCAGCAGCGCCUACAGCUACACCCUGGAGCGGCACGUCUGCCUGGGCUUCGUCCAGAACCCGCACCCGGACACGGGCGAGGAGCAGCUGGUGACGCCCGACUUUGUCAACCAGGGCGAGUACGAGAUCGACAUCGCCGGGCAGCUCUUCCAGGCCAAGGCCAAGCUCUACCCCUUCAGCUCCCUCCUCAUGCCCCCCCGCCGGCGCAAAGACGCCAUGGAGUUCAGCGGCUUCCAGGGGAAGUAACGCCACCCGGCCGGCAGGAGCGAUGCCCAACCUCUGCUGCUGCUGCUGCUACAGAAGGACUCUGUGUAGCCUUUGGGGUCUGUUACAUUUUGUACAUCCUAGACCAGGAGUGGGUGGCCUUGGCUUUGCAGCUGGUGCCGGACUGCGUUGUCGGUCAGCAACAGCGGGAGAGCCAAGGUUGCCUCUCCCGUUCUAGAUCUCCUCUCUCUCUCUCUCUCUUUCUUUUUCUUCCCCCUGAUAUACACACUCCUGUCGCUGCGGUCCCAGCCACUCAGCUCCAGGCCAAAGGGCUCUGUGGGGUGGAGAAGUGAGCGCUUGCUCUCCUGAACACGAGCGCUCUCUGUAACAAGGAUCCCCAGAGGUGGCUGGCUACAACCCAGCCAAAGGCUGUUGCAGCUGGGGAUGAUGGGAGUUGUAGUCAGCCGCGCCUGCGAAUCCCGGUUGCAGAGAAUACUGCUGAACCCGCCCUAAGAGCGCAGGAUGCAGCCUUGCAGGACCUCCUGGGUCUGCUUUCCCUCUCCUUUUCGAUAGCACUUCGCACCCCCUGCUCUUGCCAGCGGUGCAGGAGCAGGGACACCUCCCCUCCUCUCCGCCUGCAGCGCUCCUCUCUCGGUGCGCUCUGUUGCUGGAGGGGGCCCCGGAGGCCGGCUGCUCCAGAGCUGUCCCUCCACAAGGCAGACUUGAGCCGGUCUGAACAUGCGGAGUCGCUCAGGGGGUUCUCGAUGGGGUUGGACAGCAGCUCCCAUCAUGCUCAGCCACAGUGGGUUGCAGCUGGCGAUGAUGCUCCUUGCAGUCCAACAGUGGCUGGGUCCUCAAGAGCGAGGAUCCCUGGUGGAAGGGUGCUGAAAGAGAACUGUCUGGUGGUGGUGUGGGGGCCUCUUUCUUCUGCCGUGUCUCCUCCUCCGUGUCUGUGAAUUGCACUGCCCAGACAACGGCCUCUGGACUUGCUGCACGCAGGAUUCCCCCUCCACCACUUACUCUUUCCGCUCUCUGGGUUUGUUGGUUUCUUUCUUUGUUUUGCUCUGUGUGUGUUCCAUCUUGGGCUGCCCGUGCAAUGUGUGAGAUUCUCACCGAAGCACUGCAGGAGCCAAACAGCCUCGCCCUGUGUGUGUCCAGCGGCUUGGUGUCUGGGACCGAGCCCCUGCUCCUUUUAGCAAAGACCUAUCCCUGGCUCCUCUUCCUCCGUCGUCCCCCUCCACGUCGUGUGCGUGAGGUGGCUCUGUAACUCAUCUCUUCUGCCCAUCUGGGAAGCUUGUAGACCCAGAGUGGCUGAGCAUCAUCCCCAGGAGGGGUUCUCAGAUCUGGGUCCUUAGCUGAUGUUGGACUACAACUCCCAUCACCCUCAGGCCAUUGUGGCUGAGGAUGAUGGGAGUUGUAGUCUAACAAGCACUGGGGGCCCAGGUUUCAGAAGUCCUGCCAUGCAAUGUUUUUGUUGCAGCUGCUUUUUCUGGUAGAGAGUGUCAGUAACUCCAGCCUGCUUCCACUCCUCGGUUGGCAAGAAGGCCGGAGAGGUCUGACUGUAAACUCCCCCUUGACUGGACUUAUGUGCAGGGGGAAGAGGCUUUGUCCCCACCAGAAAGGGUCUGCCUUGCCCUGGCAAAAUAGAGGCAGAAUCCAGCCUUGCUUGUGCUAGUUGCUGGAAGGCUGUGGCUUGACACCUGCCAGGCAUAACCUCCCCACAAAGGCAGCGGCACUGUCUGUGAAACCCCCGGGGCUCGUUCACAUUACCCUAAAGAGGGUCGGAGGAGCCCCCAGCCAGGGCAGGAGAGCUGUGCCCGCUCUUGACCGCCAGUCGUCCAUUUGCAAAGAUCUGGGGAGGAGGGGAGCAUGACCGCGAGGAGCUGGCCUCCCACAGCCUGUCCCUUGCGUUUUACCGAGGUGGACAAAAGGUGGUCCUGCCCAGCUCCCACGUGAUCACUCCUUCCCCUCCUCCAGCCUUGAGCACACGACUGCCACUCGCAAACACACAGCCGCCACUUGGGAGCAUGCACGCAGCUCUCCAGCCCUGUCUGGGCACUCCUCUGACCCUCUGCAGGGCUGUGUGGACAAGCCUACGGACCUCUGCCCUAGCAAGGACGUUGGCCCCGCUGGAGCAAAGACCGGGCCUCUCCUCCGUUUCCCCCCUUCUCUGCCUUCUGAAACCUUCCAUUUAGGCCCUGGCAGAGGCUGGGCAGAUGGCACGUUCAUUUCCUUCGCCAUCCCCAGGAGUUUCAAAGAGACGCUGCUUCUCACGCUUUUGCCUCCAGUCAGACAGGCGGUCUGGGUUUUUCUCUUUCAAAAACCUGCAAAAGCCUGUUGGACCAGAGGCAGCGGUGCAAUAGAAGAAAUGUGUGUUUGCCCCACGGAAAGGGAAUCUUCUGCCAAAUCACUCCCAGCUCUCCGGGGCCAUGUAUGAUUCCAUCUGUUAGCAAACUAGAAAUGGCCUAAUUCGGAGUCCACCUAGAAAUGCACUUUUGCAGGCCAGAGUUGAGGUCGGUCACAAAGCUCAGACCCUUGCUUUUACGUGGAGCCCGUCUUGUGGGAUCUGGGGUCUGCUGGCUGCCUUCCUUUCCCCCAGCCCCCUUCCAGUACAGCUCUCCUGUUCUGGCGGAUUCUCUUUCUCCCUCCUGCUUUUCCAAACAAGCUUGGGGGCGGGGGGAUGCCACAACGCGCCAGGCUUCCCUCCUCGCCCCCCCGGAGGCACUCCUUGAGGAUUCUCGGAUGCACUUUAGUCAUGUUUUGUUCAUUCUGACCUUUAACGCCGCCCUCCUUGAUCAGCCGUUCCUUCCAGGAACAAACUCCUAAGCUGGUGGAGGGUGUUUGUAUUACUAUUAUGAUUCAUAUCCUUAUCAUUAUUGUUUUUAAACGGAAAGCUCUUGCCCGCGUCGCUUCUGUGGAACAGGCUCUAGAGAUGCAGCGCUGGGCAAACGUCUCCUCCCCUUUGGAGUGCCUUACGCUCAUGAAUGUGACCCGACAGACCUGGCUCCUUCCCACCCCACCCCACCCCACCUUCUUGACUCCCUGCUCGCCUGCCGUAGCAGUGCGCCGUGGCCAGGGAUCGGGAUACUUCUCACCCUCCCUGACUCAUUUGGGAUGUGGACGCCGUUCGCAGCUCUCGCCUGCCUCUCUGCAGAGGGCGCUUCUCUUUGGCCGACAGAAAGAGGACCUUGUCACAGCCACUGGCCACUUUUCUGGCAGAAGCCAAUCCUGAGAACUCUCAGUCCAAAGCGCACACGGCGGCCACCUGUGUCUCAUCCUGUUUGCCAACCAGGGAGCUGCAUCUUCACCAUGCAGCAUUUCAGCCGAUAUUUCCUGUUCCGGGUUGAAUUUUCAACGCUGCCUGGUUUGUAUCUCAAUAAAGAGUUGUUUUACCUA